AUGUCUUCUUCUCUCGAGCAGCUCAAGGCCACUGGCACCACCGUCGUCUGCGACUCUGGUGACUUUGCCACCAUUGGCAAGUAUAAGCCCCAGGAUGCCACCACAAACCCUUCCUUGAUUCUCGCUGCCUCCAAGAAGGCCGAGUACGCCAAGCUCAUCGAUGCCGCCGUCCAGUACGGCAAGGCCAAGGGUGGCUCCAUCGAGCAGCAGGUUGAGGCCACCCUCGACCGUCUCCUUGUCGAGUUCGGCAAGGAGAUCCUCAAGAUCAUCCCCGGCAAGGUCUCUACCGAGGUCGACGCCAGUCUGUCCUUCGACACCCAGGGCUCCGUCAACAAGGCCCUUCACAUCAUCAAGCUGUACGAGGAGAACGGCAUCCCCAAGGACCGCGUCCUGAUCAAGAUUGCGUCCACCUGGGAGGGUAUCCAGGCUGCCCACAUCCUGCAGUCUCAGCACGGCAUCAACUGCAACCUCACCCUCCUUUUCUCCCUUGUCCAGGCUGUCGCUGCCGCCGAGGCCGGUGCCUUCCUGAUCUCUCCCUUCGUUGGUCGCAUCCUUGACUGGUACAAGGCUGCCCACAAGCGCGACUACACCGCCACCGAGGACCCCGGUGUCAAGUCUGUCCAGGACAUCUUCAAUUACUACAAGAAGCACGGCUACAACACCAUUGUCAUGGGUGCCUCGUUCCGCAACGUCGGUGAGAUCACCGAGCUCGCUGGCUGCGACUACCUGACCAUCUCCCCCAACUUGUUGGAGGAGCUCUUCAACUCCACCGCCGAUGUCCCUAAGAAGCUGGACGCCGCCUCUGCCAGCAAGCUUGACAUCCCCAAGCGCAGCUACCUCAAGAACGAGCCCGCUUUCCGCUUCGACUUCAACGAGGAGGCCAUGGCCGUCGAGAAGCUCCGUGAGGGUAUCUCCAAGUUCGCUGCCGAUGCCGUGACCCUCAAGCAGAUCCUUGAGGAGAAGAUCAAGGCUUAA